AUGACUUUGACGAUAUUCCACACUCCAGCCCCAGCCCUCACAAUCCCUCCCUUCGCAGCGCACACCGCGCACAUCUGGCUCCGCCUCGCCUGGGAAGGCUACCAGGCCCAACUCGGCCCCCACGCAAUGCCCACGCACUGGCGCGAUCCCCUUAUCAGCACCGCGCAAGCGUUCUUUCUCCGCCACGCCGAGCCAGAGCCAGGAGCACCUCCCACAACCACAACCACAACCACAACCACGCCACCGCCAACUCUGGCAAGCGCAGAAGCACUCUGCACUGCGCUGCUAAACGAGACGGUCGCAGCGGUAAGGGGCAUGGUCGUGCGUGUCGAUUUGCGAUGGCAUCCGUGGCGUGAACUGGAGGGGUUCGUGCGGUUCGUACUGGGUAGCCUUGCGGAUCUGGUCGGUGGAGGGCCGGAGGUGUUGGAGGGAGCGCUAAAGCAGUUGUGGUGGGAGAGCGGGGUUUAUGUUACGAGUGAGGGUGGAGUGCUUGGUUUGAGGGGUUGA